GAAGCUUAUUUGCACAAGCCAAGCAUCCUACAUUUCCGGACUAGGUAACAGAUUUAACACCAUUUACCUGAAGAAGAACCACAGAGGAACCAUACAAACCCUCUGAGACCUGAGCCAAACCCAACUUCAUUAUCCUGCAUCGUGAAAUGAAAUGGCAGCUGUUGGUGUUAUCCUCAUUCUCCUCCCUAUGACAUGGGCCUGUGCCCCUCAAAAAGCUGACUAUGUAAUGGUGUCAUGUUUUCCCAAUGCCAUCAUUGCAAACGUGCCAGAGUGUCCAUAUGGAUGGGAGAUUGGCCAGUUAUCCCUGGGCGGAGUGUGCUACUCCGGGAUUAACACUCCGGGCUUCUAUCGUUUCACCAUCCCAGACCUCACUCCUAAGAAUCACUCUUACUGUGGGACCUUGUCUGAGUAUGUAGGAGGCAAAGACCCACGGUACAUAUUCUACAACUCUAUAGUGUCCAAUGACUCCUCGCUCACAGUGCGGAACCAGCCUGUCAACUACACAUUCAGUUGCACCUAUAAAGCGGCAUAUCUGGUCAACAAUGCCGUGUUCAGCCAAAGAGUGGCAACAGUUUAUGUCAACAAUGGGAGUUUAGGUUCUUUUAAGUCUCAGUUGUCAAUGAACGUGUUCACAAACUCAAAGUUCCUGUACGCAAAAGAUGCACCAUAUGUGAUUGACACAUCGGAGAUUGGAUCUGAGGUGUUCAUUGGCAUUGAGGCGAAAGGACUCAGUAACAGGUUCAAAGUAGUGAUAGCAAAUUGCUGGGCAACACCUACACCUUACUCAACAGACAAGAAAAGGUGGACUUUAAUUCUGAACAGUUGCUCUUUAGACAGCACAGUCACCAUAUUUGAAAAUGCCAAAGACAGUCGGUCCAUGUUCAAGUUCAAUUCAUUCCGCUUCCAGCGGUUAGAGAAAGUGUCCACUGUGUGGCUCCACUGUGAGGUCCAAGUUUGUGAUGGGGAAAAGAUGUUCUGCCAGCCAACUCCAUGUUCAUCAAGGAGUACUGAAUUUGAACUUGACCCAAAUGGAGGCAUCCUGACCAUGGAGUUUCAAGUCAAAGCACAACAUUCCUCAAGCUAUAUACAUCUUGCAGGCCCAUUUCUGUGUAUGCUGUCCAUAAUGAUAUUGAAUGAAAUUUUAGGAUACUUCAGUUUGUAAUGAGACCAGAUGUGGGUUGCUUGAAAAUGCAAUGAAACAUACCUUUGCACUCAUACAAUUACAUACAAAUAUACCUAAAUAUUGACACGCAUGCAUACACCCGCUCAGAACCAUACGUGUCUCAGGGAGUGUAUCAUCACAUUCCUAUUAAACAUGUUUUUUUCAGUUUUUACGUAUUUAGUGUUCCUUACAUGAAUAUUGGUAAAACAAGAAAAUAGUCACUUAAGUAUUUAGUAUCAUUUGUCAAUCUUUAGCACAACAGAA